AGUGCUAAAAAAUAAUAAAAUUGUCUGUGUUUUCAAUGGUUCGUAGCUGCUGUAUGAUAUGUCUAUGACCAUAACCAUCAUGUAACUGUCAGUGAGUGAUAAGUUAGGCAAGAAAAAGUAGUUUUACGUUAAAUUUUAAUAGAAAAUCGGCGCAUUCUUAAGUUUUCUGCCAUAUUCUGGACUUAUUUUAUUGGUAAACGAAUAUUUAGCUAUAAAGUGUUUGCUUUAAUGUGUCGGUGAACUUGUUCCAUUAUUUUACAACCAAUCGUCAGUGUCGUUUGUAAACCAUACAUAUGUAUGUAAGAAUUAAUUCCAUAAUUAGUUUAAAUCAGCUGAUCUUGUUUUUAUCAAAGUGUAACGAAUAGACUUAUAGUUAAUAUAAUGAUGUAUGAAAAUACAAAACAAACUUCCUCAGACAAUAAACCUGUGAUGGUGACUGUAUUUCUACGGAAGGCCUAGCAGUAUAACUUGCAAUUGGUGUAUUGCAAUGAGCAGGGGCUUCUGCAACAGUGGUACUACACCUUUCCUUUGCUCGGUAUGCACCUUUUCUUCCUUCUUGAGUUCGAAUAAUAUGGUGGGUGGUGGUGAUCCAGGGGGUCCUGGCGGCAUGGACUGCUUGCAGUUGCGUCAAUCUGCAGGCCCGUUUCACUACCUGAUCAGCGAACAGGCCAAGUCGUUGGUGGCACUACAAGAAUUGCAGCAUGAAGUUGGCGCAUUGCUCGAAUUUCGCGAUCUCGUCAUCGAGACGUUUCCGAACUUGCGCACGAAACUUCAAACCAGCUCGUCGCCGAACACCAUGAUGGCCGCGUCAGCCGCAUCUGCGGCCGCGAUCGCGUCCGGUAGCGGAGUCAGCGGCGGUGGCGUCAGUCCCGGUUCCAAUAUUCCCGUUGCCGUCCGUAAAGAGUGGGAACCGGGGAUACGGUCGAGACGAAAGUUAGGUUUGAAAGACGAGCCCCGUAGUGGCAGUGCUAAAAAGAGUGACGUCACCGUGCAAGAUUCGGGGUUUAGUACCGAAGCUUCCUCCAAGGAAACCCAUAGCGCUUCAUCAAGUGCCCCUCCUCCAGGUAAUCCUGACGAAGCCGAAGACGAGCUUUGGAAUCUUUUAGACGUAAUUCAUCGAAAAGGUACGAGAUUAAAAGAAGAAUUAGACGCUCUGCAAGGUUCAAUACGGAGUGAUGAUUCUGAAAUCGAUUUUCAAAGGGCACUUGUCCAUUCUAGUGCAGACGAUGUCCGCCAUCUCCGUCGCGAACGCGAUCUCCUUCUCGACAGGGUGGCGGAAAUGGAAGCGGAAGUGCUAGCCGGUCGGGUGCAUACUUCGCGUCUCCAGGAGGACCUGGAGCACCUCCUGGUCGCCAAGACCGAGCUCGAAGAGCAACUAAAGGCUGUGAAGACGCAAAGUGGCGCGGUGAACACUCGCAUUCACGAUUUACACUCGCAAUUCGUGGCCAGGAGUCCGACCGGUACCGUUUCUCCCGUCGGAGGUUACGAAAGUAGUGUCCGAAACGUCGCGAGUAGUGAUAAUAGUUGUGGUGACGUGACUGCGGUGACCAGUGCGGGUUCUUCGAAGGGUUCUAGUCAAAGAUGCGGAAGUAGUGGUACCGGGCGUAGUAAGAAAGCGUCCAGACACGUCCUGGACACAGUGCUCGGGGACAAAGUGCCUAAAAGUAAAACGGUUGACUCCAGGAAACUGGCAGCUAUCCUCAAGGAACACGACCCCAUCGUGUUGCAGAGGCACCUUCUUACGUCUACUGUACAAAAUCAGAUACUUCAACAACAACUGGAUACAGCUGCUAGAUUAGAGUUAUCUUUAGUAGACAAACUUGAUAAAGCACGGGAAGAGAACGAGGAACUAAAAUUUCAGUUGGAGGACAAGAAUAUCGAGUUGGAAGGCACACGUGCUCGUGUACGAAUGUUUGAACAAUUACAACGUCCAAUUCCUACAACCUCCCCCGACGUCAUCCCCAGUACUGAUUCCAUGGCCGUGAGUUCGGUGAUCGCGCCGGAUCGUGAAGAUCGCCUGUCGCGAACCGAAAUAACAACGGCCAGCAUGAAAGCCAUGAGUCCCAUUCCCAUGAACCAUUUAGACCAUUCCAGUAGUACCGAAAGCGCCCACGACCAGGCCCAUCAUGAGUCCGGCGCAACACCUGUAACCAGGAAAUCGUCUUCUGUCGGCGGAGAAGUUCAAACUCAUCGGAGGAAACCCAGCAAAAUACCAUUGGUGAAGAGCUACGCGGCACCGAAACCUCCUGGAGGUAAACACAGUCCAGCACCUGGUGCACGUAGCCGUAGCGGCGAUCGUCCCCCCUCAGCACAGUCACUUAGGGCCAAGAUGACCACGUCGGAAUCGGCCUCAUCCACGUCACUUUCCAAAUCUCGAAACUCGCUGAGUAACGCGCGGGAUUCUCUUACCGGAAAGGUUCGUACAUCGGGCGAUUCCUUGAGCGGCCGCAGGAGUUCCGACUCGUUCUCGAAACUUCGGGAAUCCCCAGUGAAUUCGAGCUUGAGGGGCGGCAGUGGAAGCGUGGCCAAGAGGGAUCUAAGUUUCAGAAAGCCUGGGACUCCCGUCAGGAGGAACAGCUCCAUACGGGAGGGAAGCACGCCCGCAACCGAUGCCAAGACAAGUUCAAACCCCUGCGACGAAAAAUAUCGGUCUCUAUGGGCUCCCUCCUCAUAUAACGACAGCCCAUCGUCCGAGCAAUUCCUGGAUUCGCUGGACUUGGAUGAAAAUGUCAAUUCAACGGCUUUGACCACCCUGGAAAAUUCGAGUAGUCAUCGGUUCCAAACGGCCAACACUUUUCUGUGGAAGGUCGGUGGCGGUCCGGACAGUGGCCAAGGGCUGUUUUACGACAGCAUAAAUACUGACACCCUGUCGAGCCUUUACAAACAGAACGGAGGGGAAGAAAUGGCGGAAUUCGACUCACUGGAGAAAAAGCUUUUUCCGGAACACCAACAAUAAAGGUUUUUAAUUUUUAUUAAUACUUAAUGCAAUAAUAUGAUUAUUG